UCACCUGCUGUCUCCAGUGCAGAAAGCUGAGCUGCUGCUGAGGCCAGAGGUCUCAAGUUUAGACAAUGCCACCCUAAGCCUGGUCUUCCACAGUAUGAUGACAGGAGACCCUAAACCUAACCCCCCCCCCCACCCAAAGCCCUGGAUGGGGCAACAACUGGACGACCCCCGGAUACCCGAACUAUUCUCCAAACCCCACACACAACCCGUACCAACCGCCGUACCAAUACGACAGCAUAGGACAGGUUGUAAAUGGCUUCAAGAUGGCUUUCAAACCCAUUGGGAGCUUCGUUCAUGAUUUUGUGUCCUUCACACAAGAGAGGGAAUCAGAAAUAAGGAGCACGACUCUCACCCAGUUCAUGCUCAACUGGACUCUGGCCGAGCUGGCAGACAUGUAUCGGCCAAAAAAUACAUCCAUGGUUCCCGAGAUGCCAGAUUUUGACGUGACAAAUGUGGAGGAUUGGUUCCAGUAUGUCGUGAUGCCGGUGUUACAAAGGUUCCUGCCCGAAGACUUGACCGAGCUGCCAGAAAAAAUCACACUGGCUUUCCACCAAGUGUUCCAUCUGGACAAUGGUAUGUACAAUGAAACCUCUGAGAUCCAGGAUGUCUGCAGCAUCAGGCUCGAUGAGGGACCUUGCGGGCUGACUGAUGCGGUGGAAAAUGUGGCCAAAGUGUUGCACUGUGCGGCUCGCAGUAAUCUGACGCUGUCGGAGGAGGAGAUCAUGAGGCUGAUCAUAGAGCUGACCGAACGUCUGAACAUGCUGAUCAAAGAGUUAACUACAGUGAACUUCAAAGAGUUGGCGAUGGACUUCCAGCAGAUCUUCAGCGAGGUGGAGUCUCCGUCUCUGACCCCAGAGAACCUGGAGGACCCGGCCUUCAUCAAACUCUGGUUUAAUAUCAAGAUGGUUCCUCUGCUGCCCAACGUGCACUCAGGCCUCCUGUCCUGCCUCAGCACCAAGAACUUCUCCUGCCCCGUCUACCAGACCAUUGUGGCAGAAUUCAGCAAACACGAGACUGAUAUGUAUCCUAAUCCUGACAUCUAUGAGCACUUCAUCUUUCCCUUCCUGAUGCAUCACAACACCUCUGAUCCCCAGUGUGUCUCCUCGACCAAUAGCAGUGCAGAAUGGCUGAUAAAGAACUUUGGUGUUUAUUCAAGAUUCCCCUCCAUCACUGACUUCUACAAACUCAACCCGUACUUCUCUGGACUGGAGGUUCUUCCCCUCUUGUCUCCAAAACAAAUAGUGGGGAUGCUGCUGUUGCCUCUUCCUACUCCACCUGAGAAAGACGUUGUUAUCGACCGAGUGUUUGACUUCCUGUUUGAGUCCCCCGAAGACACGAGACUUCCUGAGGUCCUGCACGAACUGCUUUAUCUCAUCAACAAGGUCAAUCCACCCUGUGAUGUCUACAGACAAAUUUUUGAGAGAUUGUACGGAGCCAUACCAGAUCUGCCACGAGAUGUAGAACCAUUCAUCUGGUCUUACAUCGAUCAGCUGAUUAACGUGGCGCCAGAAGAGUGUGUGCCACAGAACUUAACGUGCCCAGAUAUCAAGUACAACAGUACGCACGUCUGCAAAGGAGUUGACAGCUCUGCCCUGCACUCUCACUUGAACUCAUCUGAAGAUGUGUCCUGCAAUUUCACCCUGGAGACGUAUGCAUGUGCACAGCUGGAGGACUUCAGCGCCACUCAUCUGGUGUCUCUGCUGAAAUGUAAUCUGCCCGGAAACAGCUCGCACUCCAUUGUUUUGUGGAAGAUGCUGCUGACGAAACUCUCCUCUGUCCUGGACCCGGCUCUGGACAUGUUGGCCGGCAUGCCAAUGGUCAUGGUUGGUCCGUCGGCCUCGGAGGUGUUGGACGUGCUCGGAGAGAUGCGAGUGUCUCUGCUGACGGACGAGGAGCUGAUGAACAGCAGCGUCAUUAGGAAGUGGUUUUCUCAACGUCUGAGCGCGUUUCUGCCAUUUACAUCCGGCAGAUUCCUGCACUGUCUGACCAACAGGAACCUCAGCUGUCACUCAUACCAGCAAAUACUGCAGGUAUUUAUCCACCAUUUUGACAACAUGACCUCACACCAACAACAUGUGGUGCUCAAGGACUUCAUCCUGCGCUUCCUGUCACACCCACACUCAGGUCCAGGCUGUGUGUCUGCCUCAAACAGCAGUGCUGAGUGGCUGAUGAAGAAUCUCGGUCCAUUUUCACAGCUUUUAUCCAUCAAACAGCUGCUUCAUCUCAACCCACACUUCAACCCUCUGGAGGCUCUGCGGCUCCUGACUCCCUUACAGACCGCUGAGCUGCUGCUGGUGAAUCUCCCCUCUGAUCUCGAUAAAGACGCCAUCAUUAAUGUGAUUUUUGACUUCCUCACUGAGUCUCCUGACGAGAAGAAGCUCCAGGAGUUCCUGAUGAACCUCGCCAGGCUCCAUAACCAGGCAAACUUUACCUGUUCAUCGUACAAAACACUGUAUACGAGAAUGGACAUGGCCUUAUCCUCCGUUUCUGUAAAUACAGCGCACACCAUCACAUACAUCAAGAUGGAGUUAUCCAAAUACAUUCCUCCAGGUUGCAUCAUCUACAGCGUACAGUGCAAUGUCACCAUGACAAACGAAACUGACAUUUGUGUUGGAGUGAACAGCACAAAGCUGCAGCUCAGCCUGAACAGCGGACAGAUGCUCGGAGGCUUCUGUGACUUUUCUGUGGAGGAAUACGCCUGCGCUUCUCUGUCGGGGUUGAAAGCAGAACAUUUAGCGGCGGUUCUGAUGUGUGAUCGAUCCUCAAACUCCAGCAGCUCGAGGCCCGUCUGGAAGCUUCUCCUCUCCAAAGCCUCUCAUGUUCUGGACGCAGCUCUCGAUCUUCUCCCCGACAAGUCUUUGGACCCCACAAAUCCUGCAGUGUCGAUGAUUUUGGACUCAAUUCGAGAAAUCCGGUUGGAUAUGUUCGACGUGUCCAGCUUCAACAACCCCGCCCUCCUCCAGCUGUGGUUCCAACGCCGCCUUCGCCCGUUCCUUCCCGCCGUCUCCCCCGAGUUCCUCUCCUGUCUCACCACAAAGGGCUUGAACUGCAGCAGCUACCAGCUCAUGGUGAAGAUUUUGAGCAGUGUGCAGCCUGACAUGACACGCGCCACGCAGAUGUCUGUCGUCACACACUUCAUUAAGGCUUUCCUGACCAGGAAUAACACCACGGACCCCAGCUGCAGCGCUCACACUAACAACAGUGCAGAAUGGCUGCAGAGGAACCUGGGAGGUUUCUCCGUCCUCCUGUCCGUCCAGACCCUGCAGACGCUCUACCCAGACUUCACUGCGAUGGAGGCGUUGCCCGAGCUGACGGUCCGACAGCUGGCCGAGGUCUCCUCCACCCCGGGUCAGCUGACCUCUGCUGCUGACGUGGAGAUGCUGAUGACACACGUUCCCGACAGAUCCCUCCCCGCCUUCUUCGAUGACUUCUCCCCUGCUAUCAUGGGUCAUGAGAGCAUGUUCCCCUCCUCUGUGCGGUCGGCCCUGCUGCAGGUGGUGUUCGAUCGAGCGAACCUCUCCGACCCCUCUGUGGGAGACUCAGAGGUGAUGCUGUGGCUGCGCGACAGACUGCGCCCCCUGCUGGUCGAGCUGUCGCCGCGACACGUAGCGCCGUUCUUCAGGAUACUGGAGGGAAGAAACUGCAGCAUCGAGGACCAGGGAGUGACAGACCUGAAUUCAACGAUCUCUUCUCUGAGUGAAGAAACACAGGAGGAAAUCUACAGCCACAUUGUUCAGUCUCUCAAAGGACCGAUUCCUCUCAAAUGCUACGGAGAAAACUACAACCAAAGUUUCUACGGUUUCCUGCAGCGCUCAUUCAUGAGUUUCCAGUUCCCCAACCUCACCACCUUCCUGUCCCUCAUGCCUCACAACAGGGUGCAUCAGCUGGUGAACUCCAUGCCUCCGUCACAUCUUGGAGAUUUCCUCCGUCUCCCCGAUGUCGUCGACAACGAUGCAGAGCUCUGUACGAUAUACGACAACUACGUGCAGACACCCAUGUUCCUGGAGACUGAGUCUCUCCCGGCGGCGGUGCGGCGGCCCACGCUGCCUUGCGUCUGGCCGAUGGCACUCAGCAGCUCCGAGAGGUCAGAGGUCGACGCCUGGUUCGACCGACGCCUCCCCAACUAUCUGAUGUUCCUCACAGAGACUCUGAUCAGCCCCGAGGUCACUCACAACGCCUCCUGCCUCGCCUUCCAGAAGCUUGUUUCAGUUCUUGGUGAGCACAACUACACGGCUGCUGACUUCAUGAGGAGAGAUGUGUUCACCACCAUCCGGAGUUACCUCACCUCAGCGACGGUCCCAAGGUGUUACAACUCCAACGAUCCAGAGCUAAACUCCACGGCCUGGUUUGCGGAGUACAUCGGCCCCUUCAUGCCCUUCCUCACUCUGGAGGACCUUCUGACGUUUGGAUCUACAAAGGUCCUGCAGGUGUUCACAGUGAACCCUCUGAACAUCGCCCUCCUGAACCACUCUGCUUUACCUCAAAACCUCACCGACUACUACACCGAGCUCGUCUACCUACAGGACGGCAACUUCAACCCCUUACUUCUUCCUCUGUUGUGUCGCUGUGUCGCUCCGGGCACAGCCUUCCUCCAGCUGACGGCAGGAGAGAGUAUCAUCGUGCUGCACAACCUGACCACACUCUGCACAGACCUGGACCCACAGGUUUCUGCAGCUUUGGCGAGUAACUUCGGGGACGACAUCGACGCCACGGACAUUUCUGUCCUCGGGAACGAGAGCAACAGCCUGUCUGUCGGGCAGAUCAACAAAAUCAAACCUGCAGACCUGUUGGCGGCGCUCACCACCCUCAGCGCGGUGACGGGCUGGAACGAGGGCCAGGCCAAAGCCAUCGUCAUGUCUCUGAUCUCCACGGGGGCCAUGAAGAUCAACAGCUCGUCGUCGUUGCUCAUGCUCGGUUCUCUCGUCGUGGGAAUUCCUUCGAAAACGUUCGGCAGCAUCAGCGGCUCCCAGCUGCUCACUGCGUCCAAAGAUCCCUCGUUCCUGCAACACAUCACCACCGCUUCAUCCAUCGUCCAGCAGACUUUUGUUAAUCAGAUCAUCUCAGUGAACACCAACAGUGAAACGAUCAUUCAGAAUAUUCCGGAUGAAUUGGCCCCAGAGAUCCCUCGAGCUCUGCUGCUCGGCCUCACAGGCGACAGCAGCGUCCUCACCACGCUCAACAAGAAGAAGUGGAAACGGCAGCAGGCUGAGUUGUUCUUUGGAGUUAUAGCUGUGGAAUCUGCAACCACGGAGCUGGGAAGUGCAAACAACUUGUCGUCCUCUGUGCUGCAAGGCUUCACGUGCACCGGAGUGAGGACUUUUAAGACGGUGCAGAUCAAGAAGCUGAUCAAAGCCUGUCGGAGGAAAGGAAAGAGAAAGGUCACACUGGUGGAGACUCAGUUGACCUGCAUGUACAACUACAUCAAAGACGACUCCGACGCCACCAUCUUCAACAUGUUUCCUCCUGAUAUGCUGAUGUACUACGAUUACUCUCUGGUGCCAGAGGCCAUUUGCCGGUCGUAUUUCGAGCAGCUUUCAGACGCAGACUUCUCCGUCUUCUCCUCCGACCUCAGCUACCAACGCAGCGCUCUGUUUGAUAACGCGAAGAGCUGCCUGAAUAUAACCAACACGAGUCUGACGGAGGAUAAUGUGUCGGUGUUAGGGAACAUGUGCUGCGUUCUGGACGGGUCGUACAUCGAGAACUCUGACCCGUCCAUCCUGGAGAAACUCAACAACUGUCCGGACCUCACAGACGCUCAGGCGGCCGCUGUUGAAGCUCUGCUGCAGGGCGGGAAGACUCAGUACGGAGCUGCAUCAACAUGGACAUUACAGACUCUGAAGGACCUCGAGAUGUUACCGCUGUAUCUGACUUCCAGCUUCUACGAUAACUUUAAUAAAAAAACAAAGCGGACGUUCUUGAAGUACUUCCUGAAAGUUCUUAGAAGCAACGGAGGGAGCAGAAAGAAGAGGAAGAGUCUGAAGAAAGAAAUAAGAAAGUCCAUUAAGAAUAAAUCAAAGCGAUCUGUCGUCGCUGAGUGCACUGUAGGAGAGAUCAAUCAGGUGAUCAUCAGCGAUGACACGUUCCCCUUCGACUAUGACGACAUCACUCAGUUUAACUGCUGCCUCAGCGCCUCCACCGUUAAAAACAAUCUGGACGGCAUCACGGACAAGGUGGACGACGAGGAUUACCUCAAGAUCGUUCUCAGCAAGCUGCACGAGGCGUACUCCAGCUCUGACAUCCCAGAAGCUCAGGUCCAGCUCUUGGGCCCGGCGUCCCGCGUUGCCACAGUGGAGAACAUCGACAUGUGGACCAUCACUCAGAUCGACACUCUCUCCUCUCUGAUGGACUCGGACAAUGGGGAGUGGGACUCGAGCCUGACGAAGGCCAUCGUCUCUAAGUAUCUGAGUACUGAGGGGAACAGUCUGGGCAGCACGGAGCUCAACAGCCUCGGAGGAACCAACCUCUGCUUCCUCGACGUCAACGUCCUGCAGAACAUUUCCUCACAAAGCCUCAAAGAGGCCAACGCCCUGACGGUGUCCUCCUGCACCUUGGAGAAAAAGAAAGCCCUGUUCACCAUUGCCAAAGAAGCGUUUGACACAAACACCCGCGCAACAAAUAUCCCUACUUCCACCUACCAGCUCAUGGAACCUUACUUGGGAGGCGCGGAUUUAUCCUAUGUCAAAAGUCUGUCGACCUCCGACAUCAACAUGGACAUGGCUACCUUCACCGCACUGGACGAGAAUGUUAUACUGGACCUGACUGUUAAUGACGUCAAAGGUCUGCUCGGCACCAACUUGGCAAAUUUGAAGUCCUAUGAAAACCAAACGCCAGUACAGACCUGGAUUAGCCAGAGGCUCCAGACUGACCUCAACACGCUGGACAUCGGGCUCACGGGAGGCAAGGCCGGCUCUCCAACCACCGGCUCUCCAACCACCGGCUCUCCUUCCAUCACCACUAAGUCUCCUACCACCACUAAGUCUCCUACCACCACUAAGUCUCCUACCACCACUAAGUCUCCUACCACCACUAAGUCUCCUACCACCACUAAGUCUCCUUCCAUCACCACUAAGUCUCCUACCACCACUAAGUCUCCUACCACCACUAAGUCUCCUACCACCACUAAGUCUCCUACCACCACUAAGUCUCCUACCACCACUAAGUCUCCUACCACCACUAAGUCUCCUACCACCACCAAGUCUCCUUCCAUCACCACUAAGUCUCCUACCACCACUAAGUCUCCUACACCACUAAGUCUCCUACCACCACCAAGUCUCCUUCCAUCACCACUAAGUCUCCUACCACCACUAAGUCUCCUACCACCACUAAGUCUCCUACCACCACCAAGUCUCCUUCCAUCACCACUAAGUCUCCUACCACCACUAAGUCUCCUACCACCACUAAGUCUCCUACCACCACUAAGUCUCCUACCACCACCAAGUCUCCUUCCAUCACCACUAAGUCUCCUACCACCACUAAGUCUCCUACCACCACUAAGUCUCCUACCACCACUAAGUCUCCUACCACCACUAAGUCUCCUACCACCACCAAGUCUCCUUCCAUCACCACUAAGUCUCCUACCACCACUAAGUCUCCUACCACCACUAAGUCUCCUACCACCACCAAGUCUCCUUCCAUCACCACUAAGUCUCCUACCACCACUAAGUCUCCUACCACCACCAAGUCUCCUUCCAUCACCACUAAGUCUCCUACCACCACUAAGUCUCCUACCACCACUAAGUCUCCUUCCAUCACCACCAAGGCUCCUACCACCACAACAAAUGGCACCUCCACAGGAGCCCACAUCCGAGCAGAAGCUGGAGUCACCUUCUCCGUCCUCUUCGCGCUCUUCAUCGCUUCUCUUGUAUGAAAAAAUACAUGGCUGAUGUUUGUCAUUGAGCAAAAUGAAUAUAUAGUUAUAGAAGAAAUAGUGGUAGCUACAUGCUACAUUGUACUGAUUUAACUGUGCAAUAACCAAACAGUAAAUGUAAAUAAUGUAUCCUUAAUUUGUUUAUUCUUCAGCAGCAAGUGCAUGCUCUGAAUGUUAAAUGCACUUUUUAGGCUCAUAUAUUUACUACUUUUGUGUUUUUUCCCUGGUGUUUCAGGUGUUAUGAUUGUUAAAAUGAAAGGUUAAAAAAAUGAAGGUGAAAUUAUGUAUUUAAGUCAUUGUAAAUCAUAUAGAAACAGCCCUUUGUGUUCUGUAGACAGGCUUACCUUGAUUACGAUAAAUAAUAAAAACUUGAUUUUUA